AUGUGGGAGAUACCAAUUUUUCGGAAAGACCCUGUCGAAAGGUGUGACGGUGACCUCAAGGGCUGCUCCUUCGAUGCCUCGCAGCCCACACUGAAGCACACCCUCAACUACCCCACAUUUUCUGGAUGUGCCAUUUUUUCAUCACCCUCGUCAUGGUGGCCAUCCUCUGGUGAUGUACCAAUUGGUGUCGCUUCAGAGAAAAACUCGUCCGAAGACAAAAUGGCCUUUUACAUGCUCGAAUCGGGCCCAACUUCUAACAGGGCUAGGCCAAGGUCAACUCGUUAUAAUAAAGGAUUAUGGACUGCCGCUUGUAAUUCUGUUGAUAAAACGACACCUUACAUCACUUCAAUUCUAGGCAAUCAGAAGUACCUCAGAACAACCCAAGUCAUUUUUGACUGGGCAUGA